AUGAUCCAAUCGCCUCUCCCCAAAGGUUCUACGUCUGAACUUUGCUGCACUGGGAACCAAACCUUCAACAUAGAAGCAUUCGGGUAUUACAGUAACAGCCCGCACUACUUCAUUUUUAAUACUAGAAGUGCUAUUAAGUUAGAGUAUGAAGGAAUAUAUUUUUCUGAGUGGAAUGUGCCAGAAGAUUGUCAGAUUGAAAAUAAAAAAUCACCCGUGACAGAACUGCGUUGUACUUCUCCUGGUUCUUAUAUUAUACAACCAAUUGUUACAGGCCCAGUAAAAGAAAAACGCUAUUUGACAGUGGAUUCUUCUAAUGUUUGUUUUCUGUGGUAUUAUACAGUUACUAAUUUAUUUAAUAAUUUAACCCAGAAGGUCGUAAUAUGGGUAUAUGAUCCAGAAAAUUCAGAUCCUGAGGAAGUACAACUCAUUGCACGUGAACCCUCACUGAAUUCUGUAAUACUAAGCAGGCAGUUGGCCACUUUGGGACAGAGGCCCACCAUAUAUACAGUUUUGAAGAGAAAGGCUUAUUUUUCUCAUGAAAACCCGAAGAUAAAGGGGCUGUGGUAUAUUAAUUUGCCAAUGGCUGCAGAUGAUAUAAUAAAGGAGAUUAAAGGAAACGAAGUGACUUUUCAAGACUGCUUUAUUGCAGAUCUUCCUUUUCUGCUGACUGUUCCUUUAAUGACCAUACCUGAGGAUCCUGGCUUUUUACCAAUCUCUUCGCCAGCUGGGAGUCAGUUAAAGUAUUCCUGGCUUGCUUGUGUUCCUUCAUUUAUUGUGGUGGUAGCUGACAUGGAGACCUUUCAAACCAACGAUUCAUUCCACACUUGGAACACAGUCAGAAUACCUCCAGAGGUUCUGAGUAAUAAGGAAAGGCACAGCGUGGAGCAAGUGAACCUUUCACAUGAUGGGGUAUUUUUUCUGAUAAAUGGUGUUCUUUACCUGAAAAGUCUUAAAACAUUUACAAAACUAGGAAGAAAUGAAGAACUUCCUGAAGGUGAAAUUAUUGGCAUUACAUCAAGAAGAUGGUGUUGGAUCAAGUUUAUAUUUAAGACUAAAGGGGAAAAAAGCGAUCUAGCGAUCUGGACAAAAAAUGAAAUUUACCUUGGAUAUUCUCCAGAUAGAUAUAUGAAACUGACAACUACUACAGACCUGAAAGCUCUUUUAAAUCUCCCACCAACCUGUACUCUGACAAUACACAAUCUUGAAUAUACAGGGCACCCUCUGGAAAUUGCCGUGUUUGUAAAUUACUGCAGCACAACAUGCACUGCCAAUAAGAAGAUUUACUUAGUGACGUAUAAUGAAGAUUCAAAAGAGUGGGUGUACCAAGACUUUAUGUUAGAUGUUCCCAUUGACACUUUUUUAAUUCCACGGUUUCUAUUUUCAGCAAUGCCAAAUUUAAUACUAUGGGAUAAAUAUAGUAUAUACUAUUAUUAUCAAAAUUUCACCAGUGCCGGAAUGAUAGAAACAAAUGCAGGGGUUAAAAACCUAUCAACAUUAUCAGAUGACAGCAUUAUUCAUGAUAUUUUUUUAGAUUAUUAUGGAAACAUUGUGGUAAAAAUGGAAAACAAUAUAAUGUUUUAUUUCAAGRUUAAUAUUAGAAAAGCAGUAAAGCUACAUUCAUGGACACCUAAAGCAACAAAAUCAUUAUUGUUGAUUGGUAAAUCUACUCAAGUAUGUCUUGCAUAUGUUCUUGAUGAUGGCACAGUACAAUUAAAAGAAUAUCCCUUAGAUCUGGAAGUAAAAAGUGUAACUCACCUUGAAAAAGAUAACUGCCCAUACAGGGCAUUUCAUAAUAAUAUUUCCCAUAUGUUUUACUUUCUGGACAAGGGAAGUGUCCUGUCCAUUUGGGCUCAAAUAGUUUAUCCAGAAAACUUUGGUCUACAUAUUAUAAUGGAACAAUAUGGCCCAAAAAUAUUAGAAUGGAAACAAAGCAUUAAUUAUGAAAUUGCCUUAGGACACUGCUCUAAAAGUCUGGCAAUAGCCUUUUCUCAGAGUGUAAAUUAUGAGGCAGUAGAUGAUUACCACAAGCUCCAAGAGGAGAACAUGGGUAUUGUGCUUAUUCAACUUCGACCUAGUGAAUAUGCAAAAACGUGCCCAAUAGCCCAAAAGGUGUUCCAAAUAGCUGUUGGCUGCGAUAAUAAUAAAUUCAUUGCAGUGAAAGGAUUUCUGAACAAAGAAUGUAUUCACCAUGAUUUUUCUUAUGUGAUUGACAAGUCAUAUCUGAGAGAUAAACCACCUAAAAACUUGAAAAUAAGCUAUAACUGGUCACAAUAUGGUUGCCCAUUGAGACUUGAUUCCAGAGAAGAGUUUCAACCUUUCAUUCAAUUAUUUGAUGAUAAUGGCUUUAUUGAAGAUAUCCAAGUAAAUUUCAUAUUGUGGGAAAUCCAUGGCAGGCAUGACUAUAGUUUUACUAAAACUAUGAAGCAGAGUGGUUGUUUAAAUGAAGCACAGACGUGGAAGACAAUGACAGAGCUUAACAAGGACGUCCCAUUAGAAGAUGUGUGGGGACCAGAGAACUAUAGGACCUGUUUUUCUUAUGCUGUUGGAAAACCAGGAGACUUAAGUCAACCAUAUGAGAUUAUCAACAGUUCUAAUAAUAAUCACAUAUAUUGGCCCAAUGGCCAUUCUGGAAUGUAUAUAUUUCGUGUGAAGAUCCUGGACCCAAACUACAGUUUCUGUAAUCUAAUGGCUAUAUUUGCAAUAGAGACCUAUGGCAUCAUUCCCAGCCCAAGCUUCUAUCUGGUUGCAUCUAUACUCUUUGUCCUGAUGCUACUGUUUUUCACGAUUCUAGUUCUGAGCUACUUCCAGUAUAUGAGGGUUUAUAGAUACUAUAUUUAUAAACCACUUAACAAACCACCAGGAAAACAAAAGAAAAAUUAG